AUGACGUCAGUGGAAAAUAAAUGUGGUUCAUGGGUUUAUGAUACUUCAAUGUUUGGGUCAACACUAGUUACCGAGUUUAAUAUGGUUUGUGACGAUGAUAUCUUAAAAAAUAAUGCUAUUAUGGUGUUGUUUACAGUGAGUGUCACGUAUUACGGUAUAAUGUUAAAUUUAAAGUUUUUGGUGGGAAAUAUAUAUCUGAAUCUAUUUCUGACAGCCAUCAUUGAAGCAGUUUGUUAUACAAUUGUUACAUUAGUAAUAGAUAAAUUAGGAAGAAAGAAACUGAUAUGUGGAUGUUAUUCUCUACAGAUUCUAUCAUUAAUAGCUGUAAUAUUUAUACUACUAUACGUACCACCAGAUCUGAACUGGUUGAUGACAUUAUUUACUUUGAUUGGUCAGUGUGGAGCAAUAAGUAGUUUUGCUAUAGUUUGGUUGUGGACAAGUGAACUUUUCCCGACAGAAUUAAGAAAUGUUGGAACCGGUACUGGUUCCGCUACAGCACGGGUAGGAGCACUUGUUGCACCAUAUCUAGAAUUAUUGAGUAAAUUAGUUCCUGGAAGAUUUAAAGAGGCUUCGCCAUUUUUAAUUUUUGGCAUCAUUUGUAUGGUUGCUCUAGUUCUUAUCCUCUUUGUCCUACCUGAAACAAACAAACAAAAACUACCAGAUACUGUGAAUGAUACAGAAAGAUUGAAACAUGGGUUUGGAGAAACGAGAGAUAUUAUGAAUGGGAAAGAUGAAACGGUUGAAAUGCUUGGUACAGAUUCUAAAUGUUGACUCUCGAAUUUGCAUGUUUAUAUGGGAGAUAUAGAUUCCUUUGUUUUGUAGUAUUUAAAUAAUAUACGAGGGCAAUUCAUUCGACAAU